UCAAAAGAGAGUACUCCAAUUACUUUUGGAAAUAAGGUCCCAUGUGAAAAAGGUGUCCAUUCAACAGACUUCCAAUGACAAUUACCAAAUAAGGCCUGCCGAUACAAUGGAGGAAUUCAUGGAGUUGGAAGAAAAGUUGGCAGAUCCGGAAGAACAGAAUCUUUUGAAAUCUCAUCUUCAAAAAUUGGGCGGGACCAAUUUUGUAGAUCAUAUGAAGAGAGCAAUGCUAAGGACAAUGUCGAACAAAUUAAUGUCGGUUAUGAAUGUUGAUGGACGCAAUGGCAAGGUUUCUUUCAAGAACACGAGGUUGUUUACUGUUGUCUCUGAAUGUGUCCUAUCUCAGGAUGAAAAUGCAACUGAAACAAGUUUUAAGAAAGAGUUGGGUACCUUUCUUAAAUAUGCCCCUGACCGUCAGGGUGGGAGAGGAAGAAAGAAGAUAAGCUAGCAAUGCUGCUUUUGGAUUUGUAAUGGUGUUUAAAAUCGUUCCUCACAGUGAUUGUACACAGGGUGGAAGUGCUGUCCACACUGAAUGUGGAGUUGCCCCAAAAGCAACUCCUUUUCCUCGCUGGACAGUGAAAGAAGGACACGUGGCGCAAGAGUGAAAGUAGGAUUUUUCCCGCAUUUUCAUUAUUUUGCAAGUAUAUCAGGUUUUGCCAUUUGGCAGAAGGAUCUAGAAAGUUACAGAUCUUUCUGUAAUUGCUUGACACCCUCUAUAUUUAAUGCAAUCGCGCGUUAAUCAAGGGCACCCUCUUUAGUAUUGAAACAAGAUCGCAGAAAAUGAUCGUUUCAACACGAAAUAUGACAUCCUCAUCAGCAGACACACAUUUUUUGCUGUCAAUUCUUAGAUAUAGUGAAUUUAGGUCUUCAUUUGCAGUUUAGGCUUUAAUGUGUCAGUAUAUUUUCAGUUAUCGUCGAAGAAUCAAACUGUACAUUUUAUAUGGAGUUGCUCUCAUGUAGCAAACAAACUGUCCAUUGCGUUGUGAUUUUACUGUCCAGGAGUUGACUGUUCAUAGUUUUAACCGUCAGCCUUGGCAUGCUAUGCGUUUCAGUAGCUGUUUAAUUU